AAAAAGGUAUAUCGAAAUUAUCGAGCCAGAUGAUUUGAUGCAGAAACAUUGGGAUCACGAGUGUGAUAAACCUAAAUCUCGAGAUGGAUACGCAAGAAUUAUACAAAGAGCAUUUCGCCGAUUCCAAGAAAAAGAGCCAUCAAAUGCACGACUUGCAUGGAAUAGCUUACCAAAUGAUAAUACUCCAGAUGAUAAAAAGUUUUUAGGCAUAACUCCGCAAAAAAUAAAAAACCCGAAUCCCCUAGAUCAAUUAAAAACACGUCUUAAUAAGGAAUAUGCUGAGUAUAUAAAAAAAUACAAUAGAUAUCCGUAUAAAGCUGAAUUUGAAAUUAGUAUGUAUCAGGAAUAUAUUAUUCCAUAUGAUUGGAUAAAUCGUAAAAAGGAACAAUUGCGAUAUAGAUUUA